GACCCUCCAACAGUUCGGUCCGGGAAAAACCAUACAAAAAAAAGUUUCGCAGAUUUCAGGAGUCCAGUUUUGCGGUUACACAAGAUCUUUGCAGAACUUUUCCCACAUCGUUCUCAUCAGAUGAUGUGAAAAAUAGGCACGAAUCCCUUGUCGAAAUUUUUGUGGAGAUCUAUUAUGACUAG